UUCCCUUGCCUGUCUGUAGACGUCUAUGUUCAAAAAGGAAAAUGUUUUAUUUGUAAAUUGUGUGAAUAUGAAUCGAAUAAGAUGCUUCCAGAUCCUUCUUUUUUCUUCUUGAUUUCGCUUUGCCUUUAGUAUCUCUCGCCUAACUCUCUUCUUCUUCUUCUUCGUUUAUUUUAUUUUAUUUUUUUAAUUUAUUAUAAUCAAAUUUAGAACCCCCUUAUUUCCUCCUUACAUCAAAUUCCCAUAAAGCUUUUGAAGAAAGAAAAAAAAAAAAAAAAAAAAAUCCAUUUUUCUCUCUGCGGUAGCUGUUGUUCUUUGUUCUUUCAGGAUUUGAGGAAGGCAAACGUAAACUGGUGGUGGUGGGGAAAAAAGAAAGAAGAAAGAGAAGAGAAUGGAGGAAGCAGUAGCAGCAAGGUAUUGGUGUCACAUGUGCUCUCAAACUAUUGAUCCCAUCAUGGAAGUUGAGAUCAAAUGCCCAUUUUGCCAAAGCGGAUUCGUUGAAGAGAUGAGUAGCACAACCAUUAGGGAGAAUCAAGCCCAAGUGGACGCUGAUACUGACACCAAUUUUGGGUCCGACCGCGCCCUCUCUCUCUGGGCCCCCAUAUUGCUUGGCAUGAUGGGCAGUCAACCCCGUCGCCGACGCCGAAGAUUCAGACAAAGUGAUUUCGAGUUUGGAGACGAAGAUGAUGAACAUGACAAUGACCAUGAGGACGGCCACAGCCACGGGGGAGGGGAGACCGAAUUGGAUCGUGAACUUGAGUCCAUCAUGAGGAGGAGGAGAAGAAGCUCAGCUACUAUACUUCAAUUGCUCCAAGGCAUUCGAGCUGGAAUGGCUUCUGAAUUGUCUGAGAAUUCUGAAGUUGAUAGGGAUAGAGAGAGAGAUAGGGAAAGAGAUAGAGAGAGAGAAAGAGAGCGCCUGGUUUUGAUCAACCCUUUCAGUCAGACUAUCCUCGUUCAGGGUUCUUAUGAUUCCAGCAGGGGGAGUCAAAGCGAGAAUCAGAGCCCCAUUGGGUCUUUAGGUGAUUAUUUCAUUGGGCCUGGUUUAGAUUUAUUGCUGCAGCAUUUGGCUGAGAAUGAUCCAAAUAGAUAUGGCCCUCCACCUGCGCAAAAGGAGGCGAUUGAAGCAUUACCUACUGUGACAGUUAAGGAGAACUUGCAGUGUUCGGUGUGUUUGGAUGAUUUUGAGAUUGGUGCUGAAGCAAAGGAGAUGCCGUGUAAGCAUAAAUUUCAUAGUGGGUGUAUUAUGCCAUGGCUGGAGCUUCAUUGUUCUUGUCCAGUUUGCAGGUUUCAGUUGCCUGCUGAUGAGACCAAGCGUGAUACAGACGGUUCUAGGAACAGCAGCAAUCAGAGAGAGAGGGAGAGUAAUGAGAGGGAAACUGAUCAUGGUAGUGGUACUAACGAAGAAGGAGAUGGGGGGGAUGGGAGAAGUGGAAGUGGGAGAAGGUUUUCAUUUCUAUGGCCUUUUAAUGGUUUCUUUUCUUCUUCUGGUGGAGGGAAUUCUUCCUCAACCUCCUCAUCUUCGUCGGCUAAUGCAACCGGAGGUGGAAAUGCUUCCUCUCAAACAGAUGAGAAUUGAGUAUAUUUUCGUCAGUUUUAUUUUUUAAUAUCAGAUUCUUUCCCUUUAUGUUGCCUGAAUGUUUUGCCUUGCUUUAUGUACAUGUUAUCUUUUUAUGUACAUAGUAUCUUACUUGCUGCCUCCGAAUCUGGGAAGAAUAAUUUGUGCUGUCAUCCUUCAGUGUUUUGUAGAUAUCUCUUGCCCUCUUACAAGAAUUUCUACUGUUCCUAUUUGACCUA